AUGAAGUUUGGGGAAUCUUUAAGCGAAGGCUUGGUUACUGAAUGGAAAAAUCAAUACGUUAACUAUAAGAAUGGGAAAAAGUUUAUCAAGAAAAUCAAAGCUUUGAAGGCUAACGUACAACAACUGGAGAGAGAAACAACAGAUAGGACUCCUUUAUUAAUCCCAAAUGGUCCUGGUGGAAAUAAAUCUGUGGACACAGAUAACAAUAUCUUUGUAGAUAGCAACGUGGGCCAAAGUUCACCAGAUGAAAGUCCAGAAUAUGAAAGUCUGAAGAAAACUUCUGCUUUUGGGUACUCUUUGAAAUCAUCAAGAGACAAGGAAGAGGACUAUCAAGAAGCCAAGGAUAAUUUUUUUAAAUGGUUGGAUUCUGAGUACAACAAGGUUAAUUUAUUUUUUCAAGAGAGAGAACAACAAGCAUAUGAGAGAUUUUUGAUAAUUCAGGACCAGCUAGAACAAUUGAAGGAUCACAGGAGACUCUAUCUUCAGAGGAGAGCUUUGCAUUCUAAUACUUCGCAUUCAUCCAACGAUCAUGUAGCAGUGUAUUACAGAAUGAAUGACAUUGCAUACCGUACGAAGAGCAUAUUUGGUUGGUUAGCAAGAUUCGAUUUGCCGACGUUACCAUCCACAGCAUUUAUGAAAAAAUGGAGGAAGAAAAGAAACAGAAGUAUUCCAAUUGACAAUUAUGAUAUGUAUGACGCUAAUUACUUUCAAAAUCGUAUAAGAAAUGGUAGUUCUGGCGAUAGUGAUGACAUAUCAUCAAACGCUAGUACAUUAAAUAAUCGUGCGAAUGAGGAGUCGGCUUAUAGGGUUGAGCAAAAUGCCUCUCAGUUGCAUCAGAGGAGAAGAAGAGAUUAUACCAGUUCUGAUUAUAAUGUGCCUUAUUUAUAUGCUAGAAAGCAGCUCAAACAAGCGAUGUUGGAAUUUUAUAGGGCAUUAUCUUUACUCAAAUCAUACAAGACUUUAAACAGAACUGCUUUCAGAAAGAUAACAAAAAAGUUUGAUAAGGCCCUCGGUACGUCGAUAUCGGCAGAUUAUAUGAAGAAAGUAGACGAUGAAUCAUAUUUUCAGACCAGUGAUUUACUUGAUAAGAUUGUGACUAAUCUUGAGGAGUUAUAUAUCGAGACGUUCGAUCCUCAGAGUCAGGAUAAAAAGGUGUCUUUGGAAAAAUUGAAAAGUAUUGCAUAUGCUUUAAGCAAUAAUACGAUUAGGGCCCCAACACAUUACAUUCCAUUUUUUUUCUCAGGUCUUUUCAUUGGAUUUGCGAUACCACUCUUUUGUUUGGCCCUCUAUGUGGCUCUUAAUAAAAUAAUUAAUGGCGUAUAUUCCGAGGGGUUAUUCAUGUUACAAAUAUAUGGUGGAUUCUUCUUAAUGAAUUUUAUGGUAUUACUCUUUGGAGUGAAUUUGUUUGUCUUUGAGUAUUUCAAGAUAAACUACAAGUUUAUCUUCGAAUUUAACAUGAGCACUGCUCUAGACACCCAGCAAUUCUGGCUCUUGCCAUCCUUCGGCUUUGCUUUAUUAGCCUUAAUAAUGUGGUUCAGUUUUAAUAAUUUCUGGCCGAUUGAAUUUCCUGGAAGAGAUUGGCCCUGGAUCUACUUUGGUGUGAUGCUCUCAAUAUUCUUUUGGCCUGGUCCCCAGUUAUAUGGACCUAGCAGAAAGUGGCUUCAGGUCGCUCUUUGGAGAUUAAUGCUUUCGGGACUUUAUCCUGUUGAGUUUCGUGAUUUCUUUUUGGGAGACAUGUUGUGUUCGUUGACUUAUACCAUGGGUAAUAUAUCAUUCUUCUUUUGUCUAUACUCCCACCAUUGGUCGGGACUAAUUGGGGAUCACCCGCUGCCCAGUGGGAUUAGGUGUGGUUCAGCAAAAUCGAGAUUAAUGGGGUUCUUUGGAACCUUACCGAGUAUUUUCAGGUUCUUGCAAUGCGUCAGACGUUACGCGGAUACUGGUGACUGGUUUCCCCAUUUAGCUAACAUGUUGAAGUAUUCUAUCACGACGUUGUAUUAUUGCUUGUUGAGCGUGUAUCGUAUUGAGCGAUCUCAAAACAAUAGAAUCGCUUUUAUCAUUUUUGCAGCUAUCAAUUCUUUGUAUAGUUCUAUUUGGGACGUAACAAUGGAUUGGUCUCUCGGUCAGAGCGGUUCUAAGUACUUAUUUCUAAGAGACAAUUUGGUCUAUAAGAACCCUACUUACUACUAUAUUGCGAUUAUAUGCGAUGUAACGUUGAGAUUCCAAUGGGUUUUUUAUGCCUGCUUUAGCAAUCAAGUCCAACAGCUGGCUGUUACGAGUUUUUGUAUUGCCGUGGCUGAGCUUAUUCGAAGGUUUAUUUGGGUAUUUUUUAGAAUGGAGAACGAACAUUGCACCAAUGUCAUAUUGUUCCGAGCCUCGAGAGACUCGCCGCUUCCCUACAAAAUAAGUAGUAAGGUGGAAUAUGCUAUCAAAAAGCUUGUACAACUUCAUUAUGCUGCACAUGGAGUAGAUCUCGGCGAUCAAACUUUUGCUGAAGACGUUUCUUAUGUCAAUGGUCCGGCGUCCUCUAUGGGUGGUAAGACCCCUUUUACUGAUGAAGAAGCAAUGGGUGGUACACCGGAUUCACACAAUCUUAGAAAUCGCCGUAAAUUCACCUUUACUAAUUUCACAAAUAUGCUUAAUCUGGCGCAUGUCAAAGAUUUCCAGAGGAAGAAAGCCGUCAUCGAGCAUGAUAGUGAUGACGAUGAUGAUGACGAUGAUGACGUAGCUUCUUCGCCUCAGUCCUGA